AUGUUAGCUCGACCUGUAUGUCUUGAUACACUUCUUCGAUGUUUUGUUUUGCCAUCGUCAUGCUUUCGAAAUACGUUCAAUCGAUCUUCAUUCAAUCAAUUUUUUCCAAUUGUAUCUUCCAGUUUUUCUCAUGGUCAGUCAAUAUUCACUAUACCAAUAUCAUCAAAUAAUGUCUCUACAAUAAAAUUUUCAUUUCGUUCAUAUUCAAUAUCUUCAUCUCGAUCAUCACCUGUUGUCCAAUUUAAGCUGGCUGAUAUUGGUGAAGGUAUACGAGAAGUUGAAAUUAUAGAAUGGUAUGUUCAAGUUGGUGACAAUGUCAAACAAUUCGAUAAGAUUUGUGAAGUUCAAUCGGAUAAAGCGAAUGUAACAAUCAUAUCUCGAUACGGUGGAACUAUUGUUAAACUUCAUCAAAAUAUUAGUAAAGCAGCUAAAGUUGGUGAACCACUUGUUGAUAUUAAACUUGAACAUGAUCUUGAUGUUUUAACUGGAACUAAAACUGCAACUAUUAUGACAGAUGAUACUUUCGAUAGUGCAGUGUAUAAGGAUUCAUUAGCUAAUAUUUUAGUUACCCCAGCAAUAAGACAAAUGGCUAAAGAGUUACAAAUUUCAUUAAAUGAUGUUCAAGGAACGGGAAAAGAUGGAAGAAUAUUGAAAGAAGAUAUAAUUCGUUUUAAAUCAGCAAAAUCAACACCAUCAAAAUUUUCAUCUGGAAUUCCUCCGCCAUCACCAACAGCUGUCAAGCAAACAUCUAGAUUGCGUCCAACGCCGGUACCUACUUCAUCAAGUCUUAAAAAAGCGUCUGACCAUUCCGUAACAAAAGCUAAGAAUGACAGAAAUGAACCGAUACAAGGAACCCGUAAAACUAUAAUUCAAACAAUGAUUCAAACUAGUUCAAUACCACAUUUUACUUAUUGUGAUGAAUACGAUAUGACACAAUUAGAGAAAAUAAGAAAACAAUUGAAAAAUCAAUUAAAUAAUAAACAAAAACAAAAACAAGUGCAUUCUUAUAUGCCAUUUAUCAUAAAAGCAUGUUCACUAGCUUUAUGUGAUUAUCCUAUUCUCAAUGCUCAUAUUGAUUCGAAAUGUGAAACAAUAGCUUAUAAAGGUUCUCAUAAUGUUGGAAUUAUAAUACAUACAAAACAUGGUUCGUUUGUACCAAAUAUAAAAAAUGUUCAGCAAUUAUCGAUUGGUCAAAUCACAUAUGAACUAAAUCGUCUUCAAGAACUUGCUCAAAAUGCAAAUCUAUCAACAGAAGAUCUCACAAAUGGAACAUUUUCAUUAUCUAAUAUUGGAGAUAUCGGUGGUACAUAUACUGUACCUGUUGUUCUUUCACCAGAAGUAGUUAUUGGUGCAUUAGGAAAAAUUUUUCGGCAAGCAGUCCCAGACGAAGAUGAACAGAAUUCAGAUGAAAAUAAAGAAUAUUGUUCAUCGCCUAUUCACUCGACGAUGUCUGUCAGUUGGUCGGCUGACCAUCGUGUGAUUGAUGGUGCAACAAUGGCUCGAUUUUCAAAUCGACUCAAAUUUCUACUUGAAAAUCCACUUCAUACUCUCAUCAAUUAG